AUGGUCCAGCCGUGGUGGGCCCUGGCGGGGCUCCCGCUGGUCUUCAUUGGCAGAGGCAGGGGCAGGGGAGGCGACAAGGCAGCAGACCGGGCGAACGACAACGGACCACCGACGCUGGUGAGCAGCAAGGAGGACGGGGGCGAAGCGAACUUCGUGUGCGAGCGCGUGUGCACGUCGAACAGGCUGCUGAAGAAGCUGGGGGGGCUGGCGAAGGACCCGACGCCGAACACGUGCGUGACGGUGUGCGGGGUGUCGGCGACGGACUCGUGCACGGAGGCGUGCCAGCGCGCGGUGUGCACAGGCGCGCAUCACGUGCCACAAUGGAACGACCUGUGCUUGCGACGGUGCCAGGACCAGUGCCUCAAGGGCCGCACGAGCGGCGUGUGA